AUGGUUAACAACUGCGAGGGCUGGGGCAACAAUGAAGACGAGACCAGAAGCAAUGGCGGCGGAAGGUAUGACAAAGGCGAGAGUUGGGAAAACAAAGACGACGACAGCAGUAAUGCUUCGUACGCCCUGCUAGCGCACGUGCGGGAGCGCGGUAUUCCGACCCAGGAGCCUGUACUAAACAAAGACGGCCAACUUUAUAGUCUAGAAACAUUUACAAACUGUGACAAAGAAGGUUCAUCCAAGCAAUGUGGACCUUAUUUGGGGUUUAGCCAUCGUUUCUUUGAGAACUACGAAUUCUUGUGGAGUCUCACCGAAACGACUCGACUGCGGGAAUUCUAUUCUGCCGUUAAGAACGACAAUGAUCUUGAAAUCGUCAAAAGUGUUGUAGAUGCAUUCGAGCGUGACAUUGUCCCCAGAUACACGGGAUUUACACCAGGUGUUAUUCACGGUGACCUCAAUGAACAAAAUAUCAUCGUCUCUGAGGUUCCUGGGCAAAGAAAAGUUACGUGUGAUCAACGCGUUCAUGACGUCAUUGCUAUCCUAGAUUGGGCUCACGUCACAAAGUCUUACUUUGUUUUUGACAUCGCCAUUAACAUUGCAUAUUUGUCGAUUGAAUGCGAAGAAAACAAGCAACUAGAUGUUGGUGGGCAUAUUUUGAAAGGCUACGCAAACUACCGAAAGAUCAAUGAUGUUGAAUUUCAAAGUAUACCAUUGCUGGUGUGUUGUCGACUGUGCCAAAGCCUCGUUUACGGUGCGCAUGCGUACUCUCAACAACCUGGAAAUGAGUACCUGAUUUCAACAGCUAAGAAAGGCUGGCCACUUCUUCGUAAAUAUUGGAAUGCAGAUUUCACCAACUUGUUAAAUAAAUGGAAAUCAAUGAUAGAAUCAGACUGA